GCGGCCGACUGCUUCCGAUCUCGGCCGACAGAUGCCACUGGUGUCGGGUCCGUCAGCGCGCGGCCCCUUCCCACCGCGGCUCGGCUCGGCGGCUGGCAGCGGCGGCGGCCGGCGGGCGCAGUGCGGCGGCGGCGCUCGGAGAGGUGCGUCGCACGCCGCUCUCAGCUCUAUCGGUGUCGGCGUGGCGCGCAGAGCCGACAUGGCCGACGAGCCGGGUCUGUGCAGAGAGGAGGCGCCCGCGGCCGGCAGCGGCGGCGAGCCGGCCGUGUGCGCGUGCGGCCGGCCCACCGAGCGCAUCUCGGUCACCGUCAAGCCGACCACCGGCGGACAGUUUGCUGUGUCGGCCGCCAGCGACGACUCGGUCGACUAUCUCAAGCUGCUCGUCUCACAGAAGCUGAAGGUGCCCAAGGAGCGCAUCUGUCUGCUCUACAGAAACAGGCCGCUACGUGAUGGCACCCUGGAGGCUAACCAGGUGGUGCACGGCUGUCAGCUCAUCCUGCUGCCUUCCGUCGAGAGCGGACUGAUGAGUCAUCGGCCGGAACAGAGUGUAAUGCAGGCGCUGGAAAACCUCAGUCCCAGCCAGGUGACCGAGUUUCUGUCGGGCAAGGCGCCGCUGAACCUGACGGUGCGGCUCGGCGAGCACAUGAUGCUGAUCCAGCUGCAGCUCUCCCCAGCCCAGGUCGCCGCUCGGCGGAACCUGCGGCCGGCCGCGGCGGCGGCGGGGGCGGCCAGCGCAGCCUCCGGCGCCGCUGCCGCCGCCGCCGGACGGCCGCCCUCCGCCGGCACCCCGGCCGCCUCCCCCGCCGCGCCGGCCGCCACGCCCGCGCCGGCCGCGGCUGCAGCGCAGGCGGCGGCGGCGGCGCGGACGGCGCUGCCCGCCCAGCCGGAGCCGGCGGCGGCGCCGUCAGCGGAGCGCCGCCAGCGCCGGUGUCCGCACCAGCGGCCGCGCGGCCACGAGGAGAGCUCGGCGGGUCUGCGCAGCCAGCUGGACACCCGGGCGCUGACCGAGGCCAGCAGAAACCUGACGCGCACCCUCAAACAGCUCUCCUCGGAGGUGCUGACCGGUGGCACCGACCCCAAGGACCAGGAGGGUCCGUCCGUGCUGCUGUCCUCCCCGUCGGCGUCUGCUGGCUCCGCCUCUGGCAGCGCCCCCCUGCGGCCACACCCGGGCGCCAUCAUUGAGAGCAUGCACCACCACGGCAAGGGCGUCUACAGCGGCACUUUCUCAGGUACCCUGAAUCCCUCUCUACAGGACCGGAUGGGCCGACCGAAGCGAGACAUCAGCACCAUCAUCCACAUCCUGAACGACCUGCUGUGUGCCUCGCCCCAGUACCGCGCUGAGGAGGCGGGCGCCGCGUCCCCGGCCAAGCCGACGCCCGGCGCCCCGGCCGGCGCGCCCGCCGAGCCCGCCCAGCCACCUGCUGAGCCGGCGGCGCUCGACGAGAACCAGGCCACGCGCGGCAAGGUGGAGCGUCUGAAACUGGUGCUGGAGGAGCGCCGGCAGCGGCGGCGGCAGCGGCGCUCGCAGCGCAGCGCGCCCUACACCACCAGCUGGUCGGCCACCUCGUCUCGGCCGGAGCCGGCCGGCGGCGCCGCCCACGCCGCGGCCGACGCCGCCGACGCCGAGAUGCCCGAGGUGACGCCGGCGCCGGCGCUGGUGGCCUGCGGGGGGCAGAGCGCGCUCUGAGAGCGCCGUGACAGUCGGCCGGGUCACGUGCGUGUGACGCCGUCCGCGAACUGAGUGUAACGGCCCAGAGACGCUGUUGGUUUGGGCAGAGACGCCGUCCGACGGAACGGCCGGUGGGCGACCGUGGCGCCAUCUUUAUAGUGUGGUAAGCGGACCGAGCGCUGCCUGACGGGCGGCAUGUGAAACUGAGCGGACCCACCGAGUGGCGAGCGGCCGGCCCGAGUCGCGCGGCCGCCGACGCCAGACAAAGCGAGUGUGAGUGGCAGUGAGUGACAGGCUGAGCGUGAGUGAGAGUGAGGAUGAGUGAGCGAGUAUGAGAGAGCUCUGAACCGCUGCUAAUCGUGCUGUAGCCGCGUGUGAGCGCCGACGUGCGGUCGGCGCUCUGUGUUCCCGCCGGCGGGCGGACAGCCGAGCGGCCUCCCCCGGAUCACGGCGCCGGGAGAAAUGGACUGACCCGUCCGGACGCCGCGCCCGGGCGCUGGGCGAGUCCACUUAACUUUGUGUGUUGUUCGGGGGAAGUAGAGGAUUUUCUUGUGUUGAAUCUGGCGUUCUGUCGCGUGCGCAGGCCAUGAGACCAUGCAAAUGUUUAUGGAGUGUGGUGAGUGAGGGACGUAGCAAUCCGAGCUGUAACUGCUGACAGUGUGGAGUGAGUGGGCGGAGCGCCGCCGGCGGCCGCCGCCGCGCCGCGGCUCCGCCAGCAGUCAGUGUUUUAACCCAGAGCCGUGUAAAUACAGUUAUGUCGAGAGGAGGA